AUGUCGGAGUUACAAGACGUAGAGAAGAGAAUACAUUCUGCAAAUGCACGAUUUGUAGCAUACUUGGAAAAACAUCGCAUAUACGAACUGUUCCAUGACAUUGCAACUCAGUUAAUGAUUCAGAAACCAGACGACCAUCUCGUAUUCAUAAAACAGUAUCUUGAGAUCGCCGCGAAGAGACUCGACGUUCCUAGGAUUAUUUUAAUUGCACCCCCAACGUUUGAUAGAAUGGCCCUGGCCAAGGUUCUUCAGGAAGAAUUGAACAUCUAUCCGUUCACCAUAAAGGAGCUUCGUAAAGCGUGUGAAAAAGAUAACGAAACUUGUCAUUGCGCGGAAUCGAUGGACCUUGCGUUCGCUAUGAGAAAGAUUCUAGAAACCGGAGCUUUGCACGCAUGCGGAUGGGUUCUUGUUGACUUACCGAGAACAAAAACGGAAGCCCGAGUAUUUCAGCGUACUGGAAUAAUACCGACGCACGUGAUUCAGCUGAUUGUUUCAAACGAUGCCGACAACUACGAGAAUAUUUAUAUGAAUGACACGUGCUAUCACGUAUGCACACCGAUAAACAUCAAGAGAAAGAUGGAUGAACGUCGUUACGAAAAACAAUUACGCGGACUGAAGGAAGCGUAUGCGAAUUUCUUAAUCGAAGUCGACGUCGGGAUCAGAACUAUCGAAGAGCUUGGAAAGGAUUGCGCGAAGUUGGUGAAAAUAAAGAAACAUUGCGGAGGUCCAUCCAUUUUUCGUAUCGUGCUCAUCGGAUCCAGAGGAUCUGGAUGCACCACAUUGGCAAAAUAUUUGGCUGAGCGAUUCAAUAUUGUCCAUAUCGAUUACGAUUACAUCACGGAACAAUCGCGUUUGCAGAGGAAUUCUCUCGGGGAAUUGCUCGGAAUAUACGAACAUGGUUGGGGGGAAAGACCCAAGCCUGAAAUUCGGAUACAAAUUAUUCAAAAAUACAUAUCCGGUUACGAGUGUUUGAAAAGGGGAUGGGUUUUAACUGGAUACCCAAAGCAAGUGGAAGAUUUCAAAUUGCUGGAUCUCAGUCCAACUCCUCCAAACAGAGUGAUAUUCGUGGAGACAAGUGGCGAUGUCUGCAGAAGAAGGUUGCUCAAUCGCCGGUACAAUCUUGUCACAGGAAGCAAGCAUGAUUUGUCUAUGAAGGAUUACACCGAUACAGACCACUGUCAACUAGGAAUUCAUCCGAGAGAUUACAGGCUGAUUGUCGAGCGAGAUUUGCAAGAGCACGAAGAGAAUGUGACCGAGAUGCUGCAGUACGCUGGCGAAUCCGCGGUAAAAAUCGAUGGAAACGAGGAUGAAAAGGUCGUCCGGGAAAAAGUCGAGGCCUGUUUAAUGCGUCCGGCCCCGAACCAACAGUCGAGAGUGCCAAGAUCUUCGGCUGAGAUCGACCCAAUGAACGUUGAAUUCGAUCCCGAUGACGAGCCCGAUUCCAGCGUGUUCGAUAAUAUACGAGCACUUGAGCCUGUCUAUACGUUCCUUUAA